GCGGAAGUUGUGCUCACGGCCUUAUCACAAAAGAAAUGGCGAGCGGUAUCGGCAAACACAAGAUACUGAAUGUGGGCCCAACAGAGCCAUGGUCAGUCAGGGAGAAACUGUGCCUGGCCUCCUCUGUGAUGAGGAGUGGCGACCAAAACUGGGUGUCUGUAAGUAGAGCCAUCAAACCUUUCUCAGAGCCGGGACGUCCACCUGACUGGUUCUCCCAGAAGCACUGUGCCUCACAAUACUCCGAGCUGCUGGAGGCCACAGAAGCACCUAAGCGGAAGCGUGGUGAGAAGGGCGAGGUGGUGGAAACUAUAGAAGAUGUCAUCGUUCGUAGACUAACCACUGAGAGGAUAGAGGAAUUGAAAAAGCUACUGAGAGACACACAAGAGCAGUACAGGAAGUUGAAGAAAGAGGUGGAUCUGAUACAGACGGGUCACAUGGACUCCCAGCUGAAGGAGCUGUUGGCAGACAUCACACUAAAGAAGAAGCAGGCGGAGGAGGAAGCAGAACAGAAGAGGAAAGCCACAGAAACGGCGUACCAAGCUCGUCAGGCGAUGAAAAACACACCUAAGCGUCUGCCCAGUGUAACUGUACGUUCUCCUCUGGGUGCCAGCCCUCCCACCAUGGACUCUCAGGCUGACUCAUCGGUGCAGACACCACCCAUGGAUACAGGAGGUGUUGGCUCUGAUGACACGCCCACCACCCACUCAGUUGCCCAGGGGGUCGGAGUGUUUCUACCAGCCACGGAUGCUCCAGGGCCCAAAGAUGGAGGCCUGGCUACUCUCGUAGAUGAUUCGCCACAAAAGAGGCUCCUAGCCCAGAAGGCCACGCCGCCACCCUCACCACUUCUGUCAGAGCUGCUGAAAAAAAGCAACCUGAUCUCUGCCAGCCCCCGCCUGGUUGGGGAGGGAGACUCUACUGGAAGCCUCACUAAUGGAGUACAGACGGCCACCGCAGCCACUGCCUUACCACCUGGUCAUGAGGUCAUCACAGAGGGUGAAGCUGAAGCCGCAGUGAAGGUGGAGCUUGGUGAGGAGACGGGGUUGGUAGAAGAGGACCUCGUGGCUGUGUCCUACAUAGGGGAAGAGUUGGAUCUGGAGACUGUAGGAGACAUCAUUGCCAUCAUAGAGGAAAAGGUCGAUGACUCCGUGGAGGCCUUGGAUGCUGCAGCAGUGGAAGCCGCUCUCUCCCUGUGUGAAGAUACUGUCUCAGAAGGACACACCCUCCCCGGCCCCUGGGAGACCCAGGAGCUGAAGGCUUCAGACACAGCACCCGCCGUCCCAGACUCUGAUCCCACACAGGAGCCUCAGGAUGUGGCUGCCAUGUCAGCCCUGAUUCCUGCAGGCGUAGAGACCCAGACUCAAACAGAAAUUAAAAGAGAGCAACAGCUCAAGUGUGAGGGACCCGAGGUGACAGGAAGUGACGUCACCUCUUCUGUUACCUCUGACGACGGUGCGACAGGGAGUGAGGUUGCGGAGGAGGGGGCGGUGGGGAAGGAGGUUACUCAAGCGACUGUCAAGAGUGAAGGAGAGGAAUGGAGCCAGCCGGAGCCCAACCCGCCCUGCCUGGACUCCGAGGACAGUUCUGUGUCCGGGAAAGAGUCAAAGGAGGUGAAGGAAGAGGAGGCGGGGAGUGAGGGUGACCCAGAGGAAGGGAUAGAGCUGAAGGAGGAGUGUGGGGAGGGUGAGGGUCCCUAUCUGUCUGAGGUGGAGCGGGCAGCGAGCGAGAGUGAAGACGGCUACGGCCCCCCCUCCCAGCGCUACACGGCAGACUCCCUGGCCAGCAGCCCGGCCUCUUCCUCCCAGCUAUCUACAUGUGGCGAGGACCAGGAGGCAGUGCAGGCCCAGAAGAUCUGGAAGAAGGCCAUUAUGCUGGUGUGGAGAGCUGCAGCCAACCACAGGUAUGCCAGUGUCUUCCUGCAGCCUGUGUCAGAUGACAUCGCGCCGGGUUACCACAGCAUCGUCCACAGACCCAUGGACCUGUCGGCCAUCAAGAAGAACAUCGAGUCCGGAGUGAUCCGUACCACAGCCGAGUUCCAGCGCGACAUCAUGCUGAUGUUUCAGAACGCCGUCAUGUACAACUCGUCGGACCACGACGUGUACCACAUGGCGCUGGAGAUGCAGCGUGACGUCCUGGAGCACGUUCAGCAGUUCCUGGCCACCCAGCUCAUCAUGCAGACGUCGGAGAGCGCCAUCUCCGCCAAGAGCCUCCGCGGCAGGGAGGGAAACCGUAAGCCAGGAGAGCCGGCUGAGAAGGACAGUGUCCCAAUGGCCUCUCCUGCUUUCCUUCUCUCUCUCUUUGACGGAGGCACCAGGGGUCGCCGCAGUGCCAUGGAGGCCGACCUUAAAAUGAAGAAAUAGACUUUAAUUACACUUUGAGACCAAGAGUCACUCAGAGAAGCUGGAGCUGAACACUUGCUGGUCACUUUGGUUGUUUUCUGAAGAGGACUGUGUAGUCUCUCUGUGCCUGGUGCGUGUGUGUGUGUGUAAAUACACACUAAUUCAUCUGUACUUUGGCGUAGACGAGGAUAUAUGUGGAUAUAUGUCAGUGUGUCUGAGAGAGCUGCACAGAGCUUCUUCUUCUCCAGCUCAUAUGAUUGGUUUAUGCACCGCACCGAGGGAUUUCACUCCACUUUCCCCCAAGUAUCAUUUCACCAGCAAAGGCAGUAGUCCAUUAUUUCCCUCUGCUGACAUGGAACAGCGAAGAACUGUGUGUGAGAGAGAAGAGAAGAACAUUUUCACCAGCAAAAGUUUGAUUGUGAUCAAAUGAUGAGCAGCGGGUUGAGCUCUACUACACCGUGUCUGAUCAUGUUGAAUCGUGGAUGCAUUAAUACUAGUGAUCUGUCCACGUGGACGCCCUGCACCAGACUGUGGGCUGACAAAACACGAGACAGCAACAACAACCUGGACGGCCACGUGGUGGAUCAUAAUGUACUGUACAGCAAAUUUAAAACUGCAACUAGUGCUGCAUGUUGGGCUGACAGCAGACAGAACCAGGUCUUCUAUCAGUUUGAUCAAAACAUUAUAGUCACAUCUACAAAUGACCUGGAUUGGAUUUUCUACUUUAAAAUCAAAUGUAUAUAUUUCAAUGGAACAAGAGUGACUAAAUUAAGAAAAUCUGAUGAUUGUAUUAAACUGGUUGUGUAUGUCUGCUUUUGUAAGUACAGGAUCAAAAUGCUCAAAUCAGUUGGCCAAAACAUGCACCAGUGGUUUUGCUUGUUUUGGCCCAUUAACUACAAAAUGUAAACAGGCUCUGCGGAUCUGCGGGACCGGCAUUAAGAAUAAGUACAGGUGCAUCUCAUUAAAUUAGAAUAGAAAUAGAAAAAGGUUCUUAAUGUCAGUAAUUCUGUUCAUAAAGCGGAAAUAACACAUUAUAUAGAUCCUUUACACACAGAAUGAAACAUUUCAUGUCUUAAUGUGUUUAAUUUCUUCUAAUUAUAAUGAUUAUGCUUACAUUUAAUGAAGACCUACAAUUCAGUGUCUCAAAAAAAAUUGAUUAUUACAAAAGACCAAUUUUGAAAAGUAUGUUUAAUAUGGAAAUGUUGGCCUCUGAAAAGUAUGUCCAUCUACAGUCAUGGAAAAACAUAUAUGACCAUUGUUUUCUUCAAUUUCUUGUUCAUUUUAGUGCCUGGUACAACUAAAGGUACAUUUGUUUGGACAGAUAUAAUAAUAACAAUGGCUCAUAAGAGUUUAAUUUAAGAGCUGAUAUCUAGACAUUUUCCAUGGUUUUCUUGAUUUUGGUUAUUAUCAAGAAAUUGAAGAAAACAAUGGUGUAGUGACUGUAUGGUCCAUGACUGUAUGACUCAAUACUUGGGGCUAUUUGACUUUAACUACUGGACAUUGACUUUUCCAUCAUAUUCUAAUGUAUUGAGAUGCCCCUGUGUAUAUAGAAAAAGCCAAUACUCGUGCUGAUUGUCUUGUUUGUUUAUGUAGAUCAUACACAUGCAUUAGCAUUGAAUUGAAAUUGUGUCAUAACCAGUUUAAAAACUUCUUGUAGUUUCACUGCCUCCCCUCAUGCAGGCCUGAGCUUCCAUUAUAUUACAUCUUCAUAAAUCAACCUCAUAACAUGCAGAUAGAAAUGAAACCUACCAGAUGGUAUGUAAAUGGUCACAAUAAUCUGUUGCCUUUAGUUAAAUCAUCAAUUAUGUGUGUUACUGCUGUUACCAGUUUCUGUCUCUUUGCAUUCAAAUAUGCCCAUGCAUCUGAAAACUGACAAAGUCCAGAUGACAAGCUAGCUAUCUGGAAGCGGUGAAAUGUCUUUUUCAUGUAGAGAUUGACAUUUUCCAGCAGACUUUACAAUCUCACCAAACACUAAACCCCUUCCUGCUUGGACCUGCUCUGUCAUGUAAUGAUGAUACAACUCUGACACAUUUUUCAGCUGCUGAGUCAUAUUGACCUCACAUUAAUGUCCUUUGUUUCUAAUGCUUUUUUUCCCAUCUGUACUGAAAUGAAAUUAUUUAAACGAUUAAUCGAUUAGUUGUUUGGUCAAUAAAAUGUUGACAAAUAUCAAUUUCCCAAACCACAAGAUGACGUCCUCAGAUCUCUUGUUUUGUCCACAAACCAAAGAGAUAUUCAGUUUAUUGUCAUAAAGGAACAAAGAAACCAGAAAUAUUCACAUUGAAGUAACUGAAAUCAGAGAAUUUGGACUUUUGUCUUGCUCAAACCAAUUAUUCGAUGAUCAAAAUAGUUGACGAUUAAUUUAAUAAGCGAUUAUUGUUCGAUUAAUCGAAUAAUUGUUGCAGCUGUACUUUGAAGGUAGAGAAUCCGAAAAUCCAUCUGGAAACAAAACAGUAUAUUCGUUGUGAAAUAGUGGGCUGUAAUGUGUGUUAAUGGGCUGAAACGUAGGAUGUGGAGUUUGUUGUUGCUGAAAUAGUAUUGAUGCAUCCCCACUCGUCACUUAGGAUGUAGCCAGAGUGUGCUAUGUAGAUAGCAUCAGAAACCUGUUUGUGUAAUGUGUGUUAGAUGGGAGUACCUGUGAGACGGAUAAUGUAGAGUUUUGUGUUUGGGUAGCUGAGACAUGUAUCAUGUGUUCUGUUGUACAUUUGUUAAAUAAAAAAGAUUAUUUGAUCUAAACCUAAA